AUGUGGCUGCUGGGAACUGCCCGCGCCAACCUCGUUUUCUUCCCUCGUCCUGAGCAUGUUCCAGAGCCCGGAUAUGCCAUCUUGUCGCACACUUGGGGCCCCAGAGAAGACACCUUCCAAGCGGUUCAGAAGCUGAAUGAAGAGGCCAAACAAGCGACGCCUGCGGAUGCUCUCAAGGCUCGCAUUUCCGAACUUUCCCUACAGGCGGAGAAGUUUGAGUACGAAUUCGCCUGGGUGGACACCUGCUGUAUCGAUAAGACGAGCAGUGCCGAGCUGUCCGAGGCCAUCAAUUCCAUGUUCCAAUACUACUCGCAUUCUGCCGUCUGCUACGUCUAUCUCAGCGACGUCCCAUCCAUUCCAUACGAAGAGAGCUUUCGGCGGAGCAAAUGGCAUUUCCGUGGAUGGACACUCCAGGAGCUUCUCGCGUCACCUGUCGUGCUCUUCUUCUCCGAGCAGUGGGAACUUCUCGGCACCAAGCACGACCUUGCUCAACUCCUGUAUGAAGCAACCGGGGUUCCAGCCGCCGUUCUACGCUUCGAGACUGACAUCCAACACAUGUCCAUCGUCGAGCGGUUGUCUUGGGCGUCGAGAAGGGAGACAACCAGGCCCGAAGACAUCGCGUACUGCCUGUUCGGAAUUUUCGGGAUCAACAUGCCGACCCUGUACGGUGAGGGCGGUGAGAAGGCAUUCUAUCGGCUUCUGGAAGAAAUCAUGAAGACGUCUCACCAUACGCAAUCUACUCCAGCUGGAGAGAAAUAA